UUGAAAAAGUAAUUUUAGAUAAUUAUUAUUUUGUGCAUAGGAAUCGGAUCGGAAUUCGAAUUUCGAGAACUAUCAACUAAUGAGUUGUUACUUGUUAGACUUAGGACUGUAAUGUGUUAAGAGUUGGUAUUUGUUAUUAAUUAUUAAAUCAAAGGACCUCUGUGCGUUGUUAAGUGGUAAUUAUAAGUGUAGAUCAGUAUUGUGUAAACAUUGCAGAGAGAUUUUUCUACAGAAAAGACAAGCGUAACAAAUGGCGGUUCCUCACAUCACUUCGUUCUGUUGGUGUAUGGGGCUUGAAGCUGGCACUAAACUUAUUGGAUUUUUGCAUUUGGCGCUGUCGUUCGGGCUGAUGGUCUUCAGCUCUGUGUACGCGGCGCGCUUCGGCGAGCUGGUGGGUACUGCGGAGGAUGCCGGCGACCGUCUGUACCGCACCUGGUACAUCAUCAGCGUGGCUGUGGCCGUCUUCAGCGCGGCUCACCUGCUUCUGGCGGCCACGCUCCUGGUGGCCGUUUUCAAUAGACACUCGCGGCUGCUGCGAGGGUACGUAUGGGCCAUGCUAGCGCUGUACGUAGCUUCCGUGUUGUACGUGCUGGUCUCCAUGGCGUUCGGCUUCUCGGUCACCGGAUCUGAUAUAUUCAUCGCCUUCGUCGAGGGAGUCCUAUUCUUUGGUAUUUUGGCGUAUUGCAUCCUGUGUGUCAACAGCUACUACCUCAUGCUGAAGAGUACCGAGGAUAUGGAGGGUCCGUCCAAGACAGACUAUUAAAAUACGCUAGAUUUUUCCCGCAAAAUAUUCUACACAUUGCGAAUUUGUACAUUUAUUGGAAUAUUUUUGAUUAAGUUUCCAUAUAUUCAGUCUUAUUGGACAGUGGGGAUAUCUUCAGUUAGUUAUGGGAUGUCUUGAUAUAAGUAUUGUAUUUGUUAUUUAGCUGCUGCUUUUGCGGUCCGAAUAUAUUCUGUGGAUGUUAAAGCCGAACCGCUUCGGGUAUCGGUGUGCCAAGAUCUGGGCUUACAUUAAAAACAUUUGUAAUUAUUGCUAGAGUUAAUAAAUCCAUUGUGAUUUUAAUCUGUGCCAUAUUUUGGAGUAAACCGUUUGUGUAUGUUUUCCAUAUAAAAAAAAAUGUUACAAGAAAUACAGAACUGACAAACUUCUAGUUUGCUGAGUUAAAGGCAGAUAAUAACAUUAAUAUCUUUAACGUAUAUAUUAAAAUAAUAAAUAUUUGAAUAAAAAUAACUUCCUUUAUCACAUUCUAUAAUUAUAAGUAAAAUUACAAAACCUAUGAUAAAAUACAUUAUUGAUAAACCCAUUUGCAAAAGAAAGGCACCCAAAAUUUUUCUGUACGUACGGAAAUCUUAACCAAAAGAGGUUUUGUAUGUUUUAAAUUAAUUAGAAACAAUUAUUGUCUGAGAGUAUUGGCAAGUAAAAUAAAUUUAUUAUGACAAUAAGGGGCGAGAUGAUUAGGACGUUCAGCUGCUGGGAAUUGAUACGCCCUGCCCGAUACAAUGCAGUGCGGCUCAGGAUUCUUGAAAAACCCAAAAAUUCUGAGCGGCAAUUACGGCUCGUCACCUCGAGAUAUAAGAUGUUAAGUCUGAUUUGCCCAGUAGUUUGUUUACUUGUGUGUGUGUUUACUUUAUUACCUAAAAUAUAUUUAUUUUGUUGCAUCACAUCUAUUUUACAACUUAUACAAAAAGUACCUACUCGAAUAAAUCAAAAGUGCCCGUUUUUUUGUGCAAAGGGGUUUAUAUAAAUAACUUCAUAUACUAAGAUUAAAUAUUUGAUUUUUAUAGCCAAAUACUACUGCUGAAUUUUAAGUAGGAAUUAUAUUCUCAAAUUAUACAUUUGUUCAGUAAGACCUUUAAAUGGUUCAUAUUAUAUAUUAUGAAAACGUAGUCAUUAAGAUUAAUGAAGUAUUUCCUAUGAUAUUUAUAAUGCGCUCGUGAAUUCGGUAAAGCUUUGGACAGCGUUCAUGAAAUUAGAUCUGCUGGAGUGAAAAAAAAAUAUUGUGCUAUUCGGUGUAUUUAUAUUACUUCUGCCUUUGGAUAUUCUACGGAUGUUAAUUAUUAUAAGAGGUUGACAAUGGUUGCUAUCUCGUUCUCACACGUGUUUUAAAAAGGACAGAAAGAGAGAUAGUGGGACAGUCUAGGGCAGGGGUCGGCAAGUAGUUUUAGGUGGGGUCUGGACACUGUGCUAAAAUUUUAAUGAGGUCCAAAAAAAAACCAACUGAUAAUAGUUAAGUGCUACCUAUUUGUUGUAUGGUUUUAAAUUCAGUAAUACUAGGAUGCGCCGCAGUCGCUCGUCAUACAGCUUCUGCCAUAUUUGAGAGAAAAGAGGUAAACUAAGUCUGUGUACAAAAACAAAACAAAAUUAUUCCAAACAAAAACAAUAAAAAGAAUAUUUGAUCAAUCUGCUCAAUUUUUAAAUAAAUAUAUAUAGCGCGUGCUAAUUUAGAAUAAUUUGUAAAUCAAACUUGAUUUUAAUUAUUAUAAUUGAAUCAAGUCGAAAUUCAAAGUUCUGUCUCGACAAUAACCUAGAAAAUCGAAAGCAUUCUAUGAGUUCAAUUUUUUUUAAAAAUCGGUCCUGAAAUGACCGAAAAACAAUUUAACACAGAAAUCAAUUGGAGUCACCCGGUGGGAGCCCCGCCCAGAUUAGCUUCGCUUCGCUCAAUAAAACACAAGGCCUAAAAUUUAUGAGAGAAACUGUAACGACAGUCUUGAGCCAGUUUUUACACGCUUUAUAUUAGCUUCACUUGUAUGUUUGUAGCCGACUUCUUUGGGCGCGAUUUGGACCCACUUUAAACGGCUAGAUUUCGUUCAAACUUUGUAGAUUUAUCGAGGACCGAUGACAUUACUCUAAUUUGAUAAAAUUAUUCAAUUUUUCAAUUUGUAAAAUAUGAUUUUUGUUAAUUUAUAUAAUUUUUAAUAAAUAAAUCACUAAUAAGCGCCAUCUAGUAAUUUAUUGUAAACUACAAAAGAAACGCGCGGUAUGUCAAGACAGUUCCACAAAAUUAAAGUAUGUAAUUCGUUUAGAAGCGAAUAGAUGGCAGUGAAUUUAUAUUUCCAUUAUAAAUUGUUAAUGCGUGAUUUAACUGAGCUGAUUAUUAUAAGAGUUAGUUCCGGUUAUCUCGGGCUAGCUGAAUUAAGUGAUCUUUCAAUAUAACUAAAAUAUUUUUAUUCGCAAAUAUUAAAAUCUCUUCAUUCAAUUUAAAAGAGUUAACUAAAAAAUUUUAAAAAAUAAUAGUUUAAAAAAAAAAACUAAAGAACACGUUUUAUAUAAAAUUCAACUAAAAAUACGUGGGGUGCUUUUUAAGAUAUUAUUAAAAUAAUAAUUCUUCUACGUCCCACGCUUUUUUUUAAUGAAAUAUAUAAUAUUUUUUAACACUAUUUUCAAUUUAAAUUUAUUUUCUAUUUUUUAGUUGAAUUUUAUAUAAAGCGUGUUUUUUUUAAACUAUUAUUUUUAUAGUGUAGUUCUCGAGAACGGCAAACGGCAAAUAAUUCAAAGUGUCUCUCGAAUAUAUACGAGAACGAUAUUUGAUAUUUAUAAACAUGUUUCACAUACGUAUGUCGAGUCAAACAGAGUGGCUAAAUUGAUAGCUAGUUUUUUGCAAUUUUCAUAUUUUUUGUAUUUUUUAUACCUUUUUUUAAUAAGUCUUGAAAUAUUAAAAAAAAUAUGCUUUAAAAUAUUACUCCAAUAAAUAAAGGUAUAGAAUGUGUUUUAUCUAUGUAUUAAUUUGUACCUGGUACAUAACCAAAGCUAUUGAUAUAGCCCAAAUGAAUGUGAUACUGAAGUGGCAGUGGGCAGGGCACAUAGCUCGACCGGAAGAUGGCCGUUGGGGCAGUAAAGUCCUCGAAUGGCGACCACGUACCGGAAGACGCAGUGUUGGUAGGCCCCCCACAAGAUGGACCGACGAUCUGGUCAAUACGUUGGAUGAUGGCACCGCAGGACCGAUCGUCGUGGAAAUCCUUGGGGAGGCCUUUGUCCAUCAGUGGACGUCUUCCGGGUGAUGAUGAUGGUGAUGAUACAAUACAUACAUAUUUGGCGGUCCGUGGUUCAACCUAUGACCUAUCCGCCUGUUGCCGACCCUUGGACUCUAUUGACUAGAAACUAUAUUUAGCGGCCGCACUACAUGGGAGAACUCAUACAGUAUAUAAAAUUAGGCAGGCUAUCUAUGAUAAUUAUUGGUAAUACGAUAUUUAGUAACGCUUUUAUUAUCGUCGGUGCUUCACGCUGUCCUAUAUAUUGUACUUAGGUUAAGUGUUGUAUUCACUUGUGUGAUGCGCUUUAUAUUAUAUUUUAUUAAUAAUUAAGUUUUUAAUUAUACACGAACAUAUAAAGUAAAAUUUUAAAAAAGUCAAAUUUAUUAUAAUAUUAUUGAAUUCUGUCAAUUUCUGGAAAAUGUUAACAUACGUGACAUGUAUAGGAAUAUGGAAAUAAAUUCAUUUUAUUACCUAGAUUAAGGAUUGGUCUCCGCUGAGCUCUAACUAGAUACCGCAGGCGUAGUAGCAAAUUGCGGUAACUAAUACUACGCUGUGGGCGUACUUGAGCCUGUCUCGUAAACUAGAAAAGGCGGGUUGCGUAAUAAAACUUUGUAAAAGUAAUACUACAAGAAAUAAGAAAGACACUGGGAUCACAUUACAUCAGUAAUUAUUUUGUAUUUUAUUAAUUUCAAUGUAAAAUAACACGAAGCGUAUGUUACAAAUAUUUGAAAGAUUGAGUGUGAAGAGAAGCCAUUGAGUGUCAAGAUGACGCAUACAAGCAUUUAAUCGUUGCCGUAAUAAAAAAACAUAAUCUAGUUGGAGCGCAGCGAAGACCAAUCCUUAAUCUUACUUUUAAUAUUAUCAAUAUUUUAAAUAUUAAGGUAAAUAGUGUGACAAUUAUAUUGUUUGAUGGAAGAUCUGUGUCGAGCUCGCACGAGAUUAAAAUCUCACUUUAUACCAAUAACUGUUACGUGUUACGUCUGCAAUGAAUUUAUAGUUUUACUAGAUGAGGCUUUAGAAACGCAUUUAUAUAGCAUAGGGUUAAGGACAUUUUGGAGUUUAUUUUCGAACAAAAUUUUACAAUUGAAGACAAAAGUAAUAAAAUGUAGGUAUGUUAUUCAAAUAGUUGAUUAUUUACCAUAAUAACUUACCAUUAUAGAUUUAUUUUUAUUAAACUUAAUAAAUUUUUAGUAAACUUUUACAAAUGAUGUAUUCCGUAAAAUUAACUGACUGGGAUCUUUUAAUUGUUAGAAUUAGAGCGACGUGUGCCUUAUCUAUCCCGACUCUUCUAAAACAUUCUAAGAAAACCAAGUAGACCAAUACUGGACAAUAAAACAUAGCUUUAAGUAUUGCGAACUCGAUACAUUUGAUGCAAUAUACAGUGUGUUUUUUUUAAGUGGGACAGUAUGGGGAAAUCCUAAAGUAUAAGAGAUACAGGGAAACUGUCUUAGGAAACAUUAGAUACUUUUUUGUGAAAAAAAAUUGGUAUAGUCAAAAUUUUGGUCAAGUGUGAGUUGUCCCUAAAAAUGAUUAAUUUUGAUGAAAUUUUUUUUUGAUGCACAUCUACUCAGUUUCACGAGGGGAUCAUUUUAUUGUAUCGGAAGAAAAAAAAUCGGGACAGCAGAAGUUAGUCAAAUUUAAGGAAAUCGUUUUCAUUAUUACAACCCAUGUAAAUUGCCUACCACUGCCCACUGCAAGAUUUUUAUUAAAAAAAAUAUUGCCUAUUCCAGUUUUACAUUUGAAUUUGGAACACUUUAUUUGCAAUAAAAAGGCUUAAAAUACUUUAAGGUAUUCUUACGCGAGCACCUUACCUUACAAAUCUAAUUAAAAAAAAACAAAUUUUAAAUUUGGAACUUCUUGAAACAAACAGUAUUUUACUUGAUAUUUCAUUGUUUAAACAUUAUAUUAAGUUUUCGUCAUGGAAUUAUCAAACUCGCAUAAAGUAAAUUUAAUUGAAGCUUAUUUUGUAAAUUAUCGUAGCUCUGUGAAUGCAUUACAGUGGUAUCGGGAACGUUAUCCGGACCGCGAUCAACCGAACCGCAAAAUUUUUGAUAAACUGGUGAAAAAUUUAAGAAAGGGAGGCUGUUUUACACUAAAACUGAAGAGACGAGCCACAGUAAUAAAUGAAUUUACAAGUAUCGCAAUCUUAGGAUAUUUUGAAGCCUACCCAAAAGCCUCAUUGAGGGAAGCUGCUAACAAUAUCGGUGUGCAUAGAUCUACAGUACGAAAGGUAUUGAAAGCUUACAAGUAUAAGUGUUACAUAGAAGGUCAUCUUGUACAAGCAUUGCUUCCAGGAGACACUGACCGGAGAUUAGCAUUUUGCCAGUGGUUUGUAGCAUGCUCGAUUAGAAACCCGUCUUUUCCAAGCCGGAUUAUUUGGACAGAUGAAUGCAAUUUUUCAAACAAUGGCAUGUACAAUAGAAAAAAUAAACAUUUUUGGGUACGUACAAACCCCUUCCGAACUACGGCAACCCAUAACCAGGUCCGCUUUUCCUUUAAUUGUUGGUGUGCAAUAUUAGAUAAUAAAAUCUUUGCCAUUUAAAUUUACCAUGGAACAUUGAAUAGUCAAAAAUAUCAGGAAAUAUUAAACAUGGCUGUGGAUUUAGUAGAUAUGGCAAUUCCAUUAAAUAAUUUGAAUAAUAUCAUCUACCAACAAGACGACGCCCCUGCCCACAAUAGUAUCGCUACUAAACAGUUUUUAAAUGAACAUUUUCUUGAUCGCUGGAUGGGCACAAAUGGCCCUAUUAAAUGGCUACCACGUUCACCCGAUUUAACACCGUUGGAUUUUUACAUUUGGGGGUUAAAGGUCGAAUUUAUGCAGAUACUUACAACUCGGUACAAGAGUUAAAAGACGCAUUGCAUUGUCAUUUGAACAACAUACAUCACAACGCCUUGUCUAAAGCUACCAGAGGUGUUCUGAAACGCGCUCGUGCCUGCAUUCGACAAGAGGGAGGCCACUUUGAACAUUUACUUUAAUGUUAAAUUAUUUUAUUAAAUUUACCUAACUUCUGCUGUCCCGAUUUUUUACUUCCCAUACAAUUAAAUGAUCCCCUCAUGAAACUGAGUAGAUGUACGUCAAAAAUAAUUUUCAUCAAAAUUAAUCAUUUUUAGGGACAACUCACACUUGACCAAAAUUUUGACUAUUCCAAUUUUUUUUUCCACAAAAAAGUACCCAAUGUUUCCUAAGACAGUUUCCCUGUAUCUCUUAUACUUUAGGAUUUCCCCAUACUGUCCCACUUAAAAGAAACACACUGUAUAUAGCACACAUGUCUGUUUUAAAUAACAUAUUAUUCCAAAGACAAGACCGUGUGACGAAUAAUUCAUACCUCCGAUGUAUCUUUAUAUUUUAAUGUUUUUUUUUUUAUAUUUUUAUGGUAUCUUUAUUAAGAGAUCAGUUUGAAGGUGUGGGUUGGAUAGUUCACGACCCAAGGUGUCACACGUGGUUUGUGUAGCGCAGGCGGCUAUGAGGAUUAUAAAUUAAUAAUCUACAUGUCGCUACUUCAGCAAAUAAGUAAGCUGCCGUUUUGUGAACGAAAUCAUGUUGCAGAUAAUCCUGUGCCCUCUCAUGUUAAAUAUAUAGAAUUCAUGAAUUAUCUCAAAUGUUAUUAUUCUUUAAGAAUUGCUUUGACAGUUAAAUCAUAAGCACUUCUUCGGUAAUGAAUGGCGCUCUGAAACGUAAUGUAAUGAGCGGCAAUAAUGACCUACUAUCAAUAGAUGCCUACUACAAUGCAAUUUGCAGAUUGCAAUGAACGUGGUGGCGUGCUGGCAUCGCUGUCACUCGGGCCACACCCUGAUACUGUAUCGCUCUUAUUGUUAAUUCUUGUGAUUGUGUCCCAUGUCAUGAUUUUAAUAAAAUUCUGCUUUCAA